GUUGUUGGAACUUUAGUUAGUUUUUCUUCUACAAAUCUAACAGAUUUUUCUUGAAUCCAACCCAGCCAUGCCUUCUAAGGCUUGUGUUCAAUCAGCUCUACCUCCGAACAUGGAAAUGGGAGGUUGGAACUCAGUAAACAUGGAACAAUCUAUGUUUAUUGGAAUGUCAACAUUUAAGAACAAAGGGAAAGGAAUUUCUUUUUCUUGUGCUCGGCAGUUUGUCAAGGAUUUGCAUGCUCUUAUUAGCCCAGUUCCUCGAGGAACUCCCCUUCCACUUGUUCUGCUAGGGAAGUCAAAGAAUGCAUUAUUAUUGACUUUCUUAUUUCUCAAUCAAAUUGUUUGGCUCAGCAGAACAAGUAUCUAUAAGAAAGCUUCGAGUUUGUAUGUUUUUGAUGUUUUGUCUGAAAGAGAGCCAUUAUCUAUGAAUUGGGUGGCUUUCCUUUCGAUUGUUGCCGCAACUAUGGAAUGUUAUGAGAUUGUGAAGGAUAUUGGCUCUGGGAAUUUUGGGAUGGUGAAGUUAGUGAAAGAUAAGUGUACAGAAGAGCUCUUUGCUGUUAAGUUCAUCGAGAGAGGCCUUAAGAUUGAUGAGCAUGUGCAAAGGGAAAUCCUGAACCAUAGAUCGCUGAAGCAUGCAAAUAUUGUUAGAUUCAAGGAGGUUGGUACCUCUAGUUGGCUAUAAUUUUGUUUUUCUUGCUUGUUAUAUUGCCAAUGCUCAUGCUUUAAUUUAUUCCCAUAGACAAGUAUAGGUCUCCAGUGGCUUUUUGAGUCAUAGCUGCCUUUCAUAUUUUUGGCCAUAGCAUAGCUUGAGCUUCCUUUCUUUAUCCAUAGGUUUUUGGUUGUUUUGUAUAAGUAAUCAACUAUUUUGGCCUUGAAACAAGACAGUUGCUUUAGAGUCAAGACUAGCUUAGUUUGAGCAGUUGUGUGCUUUGAAGGGAUUGAUUCGUGCAAAUGGUUAGGAAAUUUCAAAGUUGUGUUUUUUUCUUGUUUGUGUAGAGUUAAUGUAUUUGGUUUUGGUCUUUUGGAAGUUCUACUUGCAUUUUGAUUUUCAGAACAAUCAUUCUAUAGCUCAGAAAAAUGGUAUUAAUAAUAAAUGUAGGAGAAAAUU